GACGGCGACAUUAUAUAGGAAAGAAUGAUGAAUUCAGCUACAGACACCAGCAGUCCAGUGCGAGUACAAGUCAUGAAGGUUUGGAUCGUCGUUCUAUUGGUCGCCGUGGUGGCGGCAGAACCUGAGCCUGAGGCGGAAGCUGAACCUGGUUACGGAUACCGCACUCACGGUCACACUACCUACAGAGUUAGCUACGGUCACCCCACCUACAGCUACAGCCACGGCCAUCCCUCCGUCAGUUAUGGUCAUACCGGCUAUGGUUACGGCAACGGUUAUGGUUCCUACGGCUACGCACACCACCUCCACAAACGUGAGGCUGAAGCUGAGCCUGGUUAUGGCCUUGGCCACAGAACCAGCUACAGCGUUAGUUACGGCUACCCCACCUACAGCUUCAGCUACCCCUCAUACGGCUAUGGUCACAGCUACGGCUACGGCUUCCCGUAUUACGGCCACACUUCAUAUGGAUAUCGUCAUGACAUCCACAAACGCGAAGCUGAUCCUGAGCCUGGAUACAGUCACAACUACCGUUACAGCUACGGCCUGCCCAGCUAUGGCUACCGCACCUACGGAUACAGAACUUAUGACCAUCCCACCUACGGUUAUUACCAUUAAGAAGAUGAACUGGACCGACACGUUAGUUGUUAGCUGGUGGUGUUCUGCAGCGACCUUUUUUUUUUCUAAACGUUGGUAUUAUGUCUUGGUGAGUGUUGCAUGGCUCUCGUCAGCAAAUUUUAGCUGCGUGGCCAUCCCUGUCUCCCCUUACAUUGUAAUCAACAACUGGAAAUUCUUCCUUUUCUAUGAAUAAACUGCAAGCUGUC